CUAUUUUUCCAUCCCUACUACAAGAACUUUCCCACCACCUAACCCUUCCUUUAUUUUUCUUCUUCUUAAAACUUUAGCCUCAACUCAACUAUCAUUUUACCCUCUAAUGGACUGAAACAAACAAGCCCUUAACAACAACAAUGGCAAAAACCUUAUUAUCUUCUCACUUCAACAAAUUCUUUUUCUCUCUCCUCCUCCUCCUUCUUCAUGUUGGUUGCUUCUUCUUUCCAUCUUCUUACAACAACAAUAAAAACAAUGAUAAUAAUCUAAAUUAUCACCCAACAAAGAAAAGAAAAUCAUCCAAUAUUAUUCAUAAUAAUAAUAAUCUUUCUCCUAAAAAAGCUUUUUCUUCUUCUUGGUGUUUUCUUAAGAGAGUUUUCUCUUCAUCUAAACGUACCAAACAAACAUGCCCUACAACUCCACCUACUACUACUACAACAACGACGACGUUUUCUUCUCCUAGAUCAUCUCAACAUUAUGUCAUUAUUUCGAAUGGUAAUGAUGAUUCGGACCUCAACCGCCGCCGCGAAAGCGGCGAUCCGGGUCGAGGUCCGAGCUCGAAUGUUCCCUAUGGGAAAACCCUUUUUUGCCCCUUCGCAAUGAUAUAUUUCCUUGUCCUUGUUGUGGGGAAGUUUUUCAGAAGCAGAAUUUAUUAGAACAACAUCAGUCUAUGAAACAUGCUGUUUCGGAGCUUAGAGAUGGUGAUUCGGGUAAGAAUAUUGUUUGGAUUAUAUUUAAUACUGGGUGGACUGACAAAAAUAAUCUUCCUAAAAUUCACCGCAUUCUGAAAAUUCAUAACUCCCAAAAGAUUCUCUCGAAAUUCGAGGAUUUUCGUGAAGUUGUGAAAUCUAAGGCCGCGCGUGGGGUUUCACGCGCUGCUGUUAGUGGUGCUGUGGCGCGGCGGGAUGAGAGGUGUAUCGUCGACGGGAAUGAGCUGUUGAGGUUUCAUUGCACGACGUUUCUUUGUGGGCUGGGGCAAAAUGGUAAUUCGGCUUUGUGUAAUCAGGUUUAUUGUAGCGCGUGUGGGAUUAUUCGGGCCGGGUUCUCGCCAAAGUUGGAUGGGAUUUCCACUUUUGCCACUAGUUGGCGCGCUCAUGAGGCGAUCCCGGGUGACGUGGAGGCCGAGUUUGCAUUUAUGAACGUGAAGCGGGCCAUGCUUGUUUGUCGGGUCGUGGCGGGUCGGGUUGGGUGUGACCCGAUGGUGGCUGAUAAGGAGGAUUCAGGAUUCGACUCGUUGGUUGGUCGGAACAAAAUGGGUUUGGGUAAGGUAGACGACGAAGAGCUUCUUGUUUUCAACCCGCGAGCAGUGCUCCCUUGUUUUGUGAUUGUGUACUCGGUGUGACCCGGAUUAGUUAUGUUAGUCGGAUCGGGUUUGAGUCGGAUAAAUUAUACUAGUUUGAUCUAGGUGUUGAGUAGUCUAGUUUACUGAUUGAUAUCACGUGGAGGACACGUGAGGUCAUAUGAUGCUAGAUGAUAAAGUUUGUUUUAGUUUAAUCUGGUUGGAACUUGGUUGACAAACCAUAACUAACUCACUUGUAAUUUGUAAAUAUUUUUCUAGUACUAUAUUUUUGUUUUCAAUCUAGUGUCAUUAUGUGAGUUUGCUGUGUGCUACUUAGAAAAUUGGCAGUUAUUUUCUGUAAGGUUAGAAAUUUUGCAAUUUUGCUAAGAAAUUACAUCUAGGUUUGAAAAGCUUCAAUUGGAUUUUAAAUAGAGAUAAAGGUAGGGAAGAUAUAAGUUUAAUUUGGUCAUGGUAUUAGUUCAUUUAUGCACUUUUGAUAGCAUUUUGAUUUGUAAUAAUUUUAGUAAUACCAUAUAUAUUGUUUGUUAGAGAAAAUGAGAUGAGAUCCCUUGUAGAAUUUUGUACUUUAUUUUCA